GAAUACUUGAUUACAUAGUUGAAAAAUGCCCCCUAAAGUUAGUGGUAAAGCAGCCAAGAAGGCCGGGAAGGCCCAGAAAAAUAUUGCCAAAGGCGACAAGAAGAAGAAGCGCAAGAGGAAGGAGAGCUAUGCCAUCUACAUCUACAAAGUAUUGAAGCAGGUCCAUCCCGACACUGGCAUCUCCUCCAAAGCCAUGACCAUCAUGAACAGCUUUGUCAACGACAUUUUCGAGCGCAUUGCCGGAGAAUCGUCUCGUCUCGCCCACUACAACAAGCGUUCUACCAUCACGAGUCGAGAGAUUCAGACGGCAGUUCGUCUGCUGUUGCCUGGUGAGUUGGCCAAGCACGCUGUGUCUGAAGGAACGAAGGCUGUGACCAAGUACACCAGCACCAAAUAAAUGGUCCCAACAUUUCUUAAACAAACGGCCCUUUUCAGGGCCACCAGAUGUUAAAGAAACAAAGAAUCAUAUUGCACUAAAUUUCCUAUUUAUUAUGCGAAUAGUUCAGCAGCAUUCAGACAGAAUCUUAGUCUAAUUGUUUUUUCAUGCACAGACUUAUGGUCAGAACUAAUAAUGUCAAUCAUCGAUAAUUUAACCAAAGCUAGUUGAAAACACUUCCAGACCAUAAUUGUUCAAUAAAAAUAAACGUACGUGAUAACUGUUUGAAAUGUCAAUAUUCAACUAUUCAGGCAAGAUUAAGAAAACUCCGUAUUAAAUUAGAAGCUGUUGAGUUAGCUCUCAUCUCAUUUUACGUUUAACAG